GUAUUCAAAUAUUCACUGGACCAAUAUAACUGGGACAUAUUCCUGUUUUCACGGUUUUAGCACGAACCUAAAUGCAUAAAUCCGAGUGUUUUGAUUCUCACUACAUUUCCCAUGACCACCCUUUUCGACUAGUAUGGAAGCCCGCAAGUCCAAACAUGAUGUACAUAGCCGCGCUCCUGCUGCUACUCUUAAAGGAGACGUAUCCCAUACAGGCUUAUUAUCGGUUAAAGAAAUAUGAGGUUUGCUAUAGCUUUAAGAAGUAACUAAUGCUGAAUGUUUGCAAUAUUAUAACCAUCAUACAACUUAAGUUUUUUUUAUUAAUAAGCUAGUUAAUGAGACGCUCGCGGACAUUUACUCUUCUCGUUUACUCGAGCUAACAAAACUUGGUUCCACCAGGGCCUUCAGCCUGUCGUUGGUCUUAUAUUUCCUAUGUUUAUAGUUAGUUAAUAACACGGGUCUUUCCGGGUCAUAGCAGUUAAAUAAGAGCAGCAUGGACUCGGAGGAAGAAGAGGUGUCAGGUAACGUUUCUCGUCCUGGGACUGAAAUUACCGGAGACUCAACGGAGGCCUCUAAACCAUCCCCGGACUCGAGUGUACCGACAGGCGGGAGAAGAGGAAGCAAAAGGCUGGUAAAACCCGUGACCUCCCCGGACUGCAGCGACUCUUUGCCUGGUGUUCGUGUUUUGCGAGCCAGGGGAGCUGGAGCUGGCAGGACUAACGUUAGCGAGUCCAAAAAUGCCACCUGCAAGCAAAAACCUGCGAGGGUGCACCGUGGUGGACGUGGGAGACCCGCGGGAUCACGCUCCAGAAACACACCGGUCAUGCAACCUGCAAUAAAGAAACCCACAGCCAAAAAAGCAUCCAAACACACUGUUGGACCAAACCUGUCCAAAUCUAGGAAGGGCAAAGGGAGACCUCCAGCUGGAGCCCCUUGCACCACACUAGCACCAGCAUGCAAGCCAGAGGCAGAGAUGGAGGCAUCAUCAUGUGUGGACGAAACAGGUUGUCUGAAAGGAGGCAAUGACAAGAAUGUUACAGAUCCAGAUGCAGCUCCCGAAGAAAACCCUCCAUUCAGAGAUGACCCAAAUGACCUCAUCUGUAAACCCGUGACAAAGGCGGAAAAAUCAAGACGGCGUACAACGCUAAAACAAAAGGACGUCAAGAAAGAGGAGUCAGAGAAGGAGGAUCAAAAAGAUGACAUUAAAAAGGAAGAAUCAACCGAGAUUGUUUUGCAGAGUGAAGAUCGAGUGAGCAAUAACACAGAGCCUACCAGGAAGAAAGGUAGACAACAAAAAGAUGACAAAGCCCCUCGGCUGCCAAAACAAAGGAAAAAGCCCCCAGUGCAGUACGUCCGCUGUGAAAUUGAGGGCUGUGGUACCGUCUUGGCCCACCCACGCUACCUACAGCACCACAUCAAAUACCAACACUUGCUUAAAAAGAAGUAUGUGUGUGAUCACCCCUCGUGUGGGCGCUUGUUUCGUCUACAGAAGCAGCUGCUGCGCCACGCUAAACAUCAUACAGAUCAAAGGGACUACAUCUGUGAGUACUGUGCACGCGCCUUCAAGAGUUCCCAUAACCUCGCUGUGCACAGGAUGAUUCACACAGGAGAGAAGCCAAUACAGUGUGAGAUCUGUGGCUUCACCUGCCGUCAGAAGGCCUCCUUAAACUGGCACAUGAAAAAGCACGACGCAGAAGCCUCCUACCAAUUCUCCUGCUCCAUUUGCAGCAAAAAGUUUGAGAAAAAGGACUCAGUUGUUGCCCACAAGGCCAAGAGUCACCCUGAGGUGCUCAUAGCUGAAGCUCUAGCAGCUAAUGGGGGUUCAGUAAUAAGCUCUCCCACCCUAAUCCCAGAGACUGUCCCAGUGCCCACCCAGAACUCAGAGACUGUCCCAGUACUUACCCCGACCCCAGAGACUGUUCCAGUGCUUAGCCAGACCCCAGAGACUGUCCCGGUGCUCAGCCCGACCUCACACACUGUCCCAGUGCUUAGCCCGACCCUAGAGACUGUCCCAAUGCUCACCCAGCCUGACCAGCCUUCUGUCAGCCAGGAGAAACAGGAAGUGGUGAAUACCACGCUCACUCCACUGCAGCAGGUGGUGCUCCCACUCGCACCACAGACUCCAGUAGAUGUAUCUCAGGGCCAGUUUCUCCAACUGCCCUCGCAUCAUGUGGUGCAGGUGGCACACCAGCAGCAAGCCCCCACCUUGCUGCACCUCACCACUGCAUCUCCAGCUCACCUCUCCAGCAUCAGCCACCCCCAGCUCAUCCAGCUCUCCUCCCUUCCUGCCAGCACUGUCACAUCCAUGGCCAUUGCGGACCCCCAGAGCACCCUCCUCACCCUGAGCUCCGUCACCACACUGCCCUCCACCGCGUCCCUGGCCUCCCAGCAGCCUGUGCAGUGGGGCAGGGGGGCUCAUGAGGAUGCACAGCUACCUGGGGAGGGUGAGCUGUGGGACAGGGUGGUGGUGGGUGGCAGUCCUCAGGAUGUAGGGGACAUGAUGUGGGAGGCUAACGGGGAGAGGAGGAAGGAAGAUGAGGGGACUGUAUGGGAGAGAGAAGGAGAGAGACAGAUCCUGUUACAGUGUGCCGAGGUUCAGGGAGACAGUUUAAUCUAGAAAAUGAGCUAAACAAGAACUUAAUGUAAAGUGUUGAUUUUAGAAAGGAACAAAAGACUGAAGGACCUGUCAGAAGUUGAUAAGCUGAUAUUCUAAAUAUUUAAAACAACAGACUUUAUCUCCACAGAGUGUAACACAGUAGUCAUAUACAGUACAGAGCUACUUAUAUCAGGGAGUAUGAUUUAUAAUAUUAUAGAUUACACACUCUUUUACCACUUACUGAAUAUUUUGUAACAUUUUGGUGUUUGUAUAUAUGUGUGUAUGUUAACAUUUUUUAGAGAUAAAAAAAAAAGACUGCAAGAUGAUUGUACAUAUUUUACAAGAAAGUCACAAAUGACAUUUAAUGUGAAUCCAUGAGUAUCAUUGACAUAAUUGGGUCACCUCUAGUAGUUUCAGUUACUUAAAGGUCCAAGUGUGUAGGAUGUAGUGGCACCCGUUGUCAUAAAGGGAACAUAAUAUUCAUAGCCAUGUUUUCAUUAGUGUAUUAUCAUUUGAAAUUAAGAAUCUGUGUGGUCUGGUUACCUUAGAAUCCACUGUGUCUACAGCAGCCCAGAGUGGACAAACCAAACACUGGCUAAAGGUAGGGCCAUAUGCGUUUUCGCGUUAGCCACUGUGGUUCUCCUACACGCUGGGUACAUGGGGGAAGUCUCGGUUGGUUGCACUCUACAACCUCAAUGAUAGAUGCCACUGAAUCCUACACACGAGACCUUUAACAGAACAAAUGUGUGCGCAAAAACUACAACCAAAUACAGAUCUCAGUGUAAAAAAAUCCUUGAUGUAAGAUUACAAUAAAAGAUAUAAAAAAAGGAAUUUUUAGUUUGUACCUUUAGAUAAAUCUGUAUAUAUAGAUAUAAGUAGGUUUUGAAAUCCAUUGAGAAAGGCGAGAUGUUUUCUUAAUUGACUUACUGCAGUAGGAAAAUAACAGGUGUUUCUAAGAAGAUUAACCGUGGCUGUGUUCUGUUCAGAUGUUCCAGUCAGUCAUUACAGUGUGACAGUGAAACAGCACGCUAUGCAACAGAUUUAAAAAAAAAAAAGGCCUACUACCAUAGACUGCACACUUUAUGCCUAUUACCUCAUUUUGUAAAGAAAAGAUCUACAUUACGUUUCUUGUUUUAUUGUUUUCACCUUCCAGAACCUGAGCAGUGUCACGUCCCUUCUAAAUUGUACUCUUCACAGUAAAGACUAUGCAGGCAGUGGUGUUAUGAUGGAAAUAGCUUUUGUCAGUUUCUUUUUCAAGCACUCUUUAAUAAUUAUACCUCUAUGCACUGCUACGACUACUGACCAUGUGUAAUCUUACGA